AAAAGUUUUAUAUCCAAACAUCAGCCACCGCAUACGAUACGAGUACAACAGAAAAAUCUAACGUUCACUAGAGUUCAUCACCACCACAACACCACGCGCCACCUUCGCCAUCCCCGCCGCCUAUGGGUGCCACAGAACCUGUGGUAGAGAGAGAAAAUGGUGAAGCAGUGAGGGAAGAGAGAGAAAGGGAGAGUAAUCGAGAGGCAGAAGUAGAUUUCAGGGAUGUGGAGAGAGGUCCUGAGGUGGGUGCUCAAGAACAUGGUGUCCAGACCCACCCUCCAGGUGAAUUUCAUAUGUCAAGGCUUCAAAGACUAAGUGAAACAAACCCUUUAAGACUUGUCAUCAAUGGUGCCACCAGAGUUGCCACACCCUCUCCUCCUCAGUUUCGACCCACCCCCUCUCCUCCUCAGUUUCGACCCACCCCCCCUCCUUCUCAGCCUCUACCCACCCCCUCUCCUUCUCAGCCUCUACCCACCCCCUCUCCUUCUCAGCCUCGCUCCACCCCAACCCCCCAACAAUCACUAAUAACACUGAAUUCAAGGAGAUACACCAACAGAAUAUCUCUAUUUUUGUUCCUUCUGCAUAUGGUUGUGGCUGUUGGGUUAUUUGGUUUUCUUAUAUUCAAGGGAAUUCAAAGCCUGCUUCAAGGAGGAGAAACUCAGAGGAAAGAGAAGAGGUUACUAGAGUAUUUUCUGCCUCAGGUUGAGGCUGCUUCAUUUCUUAGCAUUACACUUGCAUUUUUAUGGCAAAAGGCAGUGAGAGAAUGGCCUAAAUUUAUGGUUCAUUUCAUAAUUUGGACCUCUUUUCUCAUGGCUUUAUCUGCUGGGAUUCUUCUAAUUUGCUUCCAAAGGCCUGCCACUGAUGGCGUAGGAGCCGUCUUUCUCAUCUUUGCCAUUGGUAAUGGUUUAUAUGCUUGUUGGGUUACACCGAGAACUGGGUUUUGUUCUAAGAUCUUCAUCAAAUCACUUGAACCGGUAUCUAAAUUCCCUGAUUUGAAUCGACCAACGUAUUGGAUGCUUGGGGCCGGGUUCUUGUGGAUAUCACUGUGGAUUUUCGCUGUAAUUGGGGCACUAUAUUUCUACUUCCCUCCAUUGAUUAUAAUUGCUUUGGUAUUGAGCUUGGCUUGGACAGCUGAAGUCAUGAGGAAUGUUGCUAAUGUAACAGUUAGUAGGGUAAUUGCUCUGUAUUAUCUCAGAGGAAUGCAAUCUAGUACCCAAUUUUGUUUCCAAAGAGCAUUGUCGAAAAAUCUAGGAAGUGCUUGUCUUGGAUCCCUUUUUGUGCCUACCAUAGAAGCUUUGAGAAUUGUUGCUCGAGGUUUGAAUUUGCUCGAGGGAGAGGAUGAGUUCAUGUUUUCUUGUGCACAUUGCUGUCUGAAAGUCAUGGAGUCCAUCUUCAGAUGUGGCAAUGGCUGGGCCAAUGUACAGAUUGCUACAUAUGGAAAAGGCUUUGUUCAGGCAUCAAAGGACACUUGGGAACUCUUUGAGAUGCGAGAAAUGGAGCAAAUUGUCGACUCUGACAUGACCAGUGCUAUAUGCUUCCUCACAGGAGUCUGCAGUGGCUCCAUCUGUGUCAUCGUUGUGGCCGCUUGGACUGCCACAGUGCAGCGGAGCUUCACAGCUACCAUAUCCCUCCUUGCCUUCUACAUUGGUUAUCUCAUGACUAGGAUUGCGAUGGCAUUGCCUCAAGCCUGUGUGAGCUGUUACUAUGUCUGCUAUGCUGAGAAUCCCGAUAACAGGCUGUUUGAUAAAUCACUGAUACAAGAUCGUCUCAACUCGAUAAAAUCUGGUCACGAUCUGGUUGUACCAACGCCACGACGACUCCAUCGGAUUUCGAGGACAUGGAGGACACUCAGGGCAACAAGGCUCAAUCUAAUCUUUCACAUGGUGGUGGGGGGAUGA